GUGGCGGAACAGAAAUGUGCGCUUGACAUGUGUUUUAUAGGUUAGAUUUCUCGUACUCGUGAUCGUGUUUAUUUUUCAUUGACUUUGAACGUGUGUAAAUAGUGGUUCAUUUUUAGAGUGAAAAUUGAAAAGACAAACCUAAAAAAAAUGACCGUGCAAAAUAUGGAAAUAAGUUUAAAUGUUUCUGUAGGAUCUGGUCCUGGCAAGAACACAGAAACAGACGAUGAUUCUAUUCUUAAUUUAAUGAGAAGUCAAAAAACUGGAACACAGAAAAUAAAUGUUACUAAUAGUAGUAAAAUAAAACAUGAUUCGAAUAAAAAAAUCAAUACUGCUAAAAAAAGAGUUAAACAAAAACUUUUGGGAACAAUUGUAGCGCAAAAAUUGAAAGAAACUAAUAAAGUUAAUCAAAAUCAAGCUUCCGUAGUGCAUAGUAAAUUAAAGUCUAAUGUAAAAUCUAAAGAUACUGACAAUAAGACAUUAAAACAAAAAGCAGUUAAAUCAGUGAAAAAAAAUGAGGAAGGUACAGAAACAAAUAAGUCAUUGUCAGCUGAGGGUUCUGAAGUUUCCAAUGAUCCUGUAAUUUCAUUUACUAAAGUUACAAAAGAAAACUUUGGUAAAACAUUAUUAGCAAGGAAACGUAAGAGUCCAGACAAAAGUUCAAAUAAAACACUUGCUAGUAUAUUCUCAAAACAAAAGGAACCCGAGAAAGAUGUUAGUUUAUUAAGUUCAUUUGGGAAAGCGGAUUCAGUCGAAGAGGUCCCUCCAAAAAAGAACUUUAAAUUUGAUGAGCCUAAAACUGUUUCCUUUACAAAUCACAGUAAAAAAGAGAAACAAAAACAUGCAGAAAAACCAACUCGCAAGAGUAAUAUUAGCGUAGAAAAUGAGAAAGGUACACAAGUUUUGCAUAAGUCUUCUGGAAAAAUAUCUUCCUUGUUUGGUCAUAAUCCAGAAAUACCUCAUAUUGGCCAGCGUUUAGUAAAGCCAAUAAACGAGCCAGUUUUUGCUGCAACUAACUUCACUGAUCUCAAUAUACAUCCCUUCAUGAUAUCUAAUUUGGAACAAAAUAUGCAAAUCACUAAGAUGACAAUAGUUCAGCAAAAAGCAAUUCCCCAGAUACUCUCUGGAAAAGAUGUGUUAAUCAGGUCUCAGACUGGUUCUGGAAAAACAUUAGCGUAUGCUUUACCUAUAGUUGAGUUUCUCCAUAGAAUUAGACCAAAAUUAAACAGAAAUAGUGGUUUGAAAGCGCUUGUUGUUGUACCCACUAGAGAGUUGGCUUUACAAACUUACGAGUGUUUCUUGAAGUUAGUCAAAUCAUUUACAUGGGUGGUACCAGGUUACUUAGCAGGGGGUGAAAAGAGAAAAGCAGAGAAAGCUAGGUUGAGAAAAGGGUGCAAUAUUUUAAUUAGUACACCUGGUAGAUUAUUAGAUCAUGUACAACGAACAGCUGCUUUAAAGCUAACUGACAUUAAAUAUUUUGUUUUGGAUGAAGCAGAUAGGAUGUUUGAUUUAGGAUACGAGAAAGAUAUAUCAAGUAUAGUAAGCGCUUUAAAAGUAUCGAUUCCGAAUGAAAAUACGGAAUACGAUGCAAUGAAAAUAUUUCAGCGAAACGUUAAAAAAGUCUUUACUGACGAUGAUGUUGAGCAGAUGGCAAGUAACCCUGAUACUAAAACAGAAGCGCAUAAUGACGUUUCAAUCGAGUCAGACAAAAACACGGAAUCAGAAUCUGAGGAUGUUAAUAACGAGGAAAAACAAGUGUAUCAUUCUAGUAGUGAUAAUGAUUCCGACGCAGGAGAACCUUACAUUAAAUCGAUAAAAACAGAUAAGAAAAAAGUUUGCUCAGGUACUGUGAGCAAGAAGAAAUCUAGCGACUUGAAAAAUAGUACGAUAAAAGAUGAACAUAACACUAUCGUCGAAAAUCAAACUGGAAGACAGACAAUUUUGCUUUCUGCGACUUUAACGCAAUCUGUAGAAAAAUUAGCCGGUCUCGCGAUGAAUCAUCCUGUUUUUGUGGAUGCUGCAACAGAAAAUUUAAAAGUAAGUGGCGGUGUUGUGGCCGAUCUCAACGAGGAUUUAAUUGUCCCUCAAAGCAUGGUUCAAAGUUACAUCGUAACACCGCCAAAAUUAAGAAUGGUCACUUUGAGCGCUUAUAUCGCUGGAAAGUGUCAGAGUCAUGGACAACACAAGAUAUUGGUAUUUAUGGCGACUCAAGAUAUGGUCGAUUAUCACACAGAAAUCCUUUCUUCCGUGUUGACUAAACCUGUCGACGAGGAUGACGAUGAUUCAGAUCCUCUGGUCGACGUGGAGUUCUUCAAGUUACACGGCAACAUGACUCAAAAGGAACGAACCGAUGUCUUUAAAACCUUCAGACAAGCAAACAGUGGAGUUCUACUAUGUACGGAUGUAGCGGCUCGUGGACUAGAUCUGCCAAAAGUGGACUGCGUGGUACAGUACACAGGACCAACUUCCGCCAGAGAUUACGUGCACCGAAUAGGUAGAACAGCGCGAGCUGGUUCCUCCGGUUCAGCCACGAUCUUUCUAAUACCAUCAGAAAUCGAUUUUGUCCGAAUGCUCGAGUCCAGACGUAUCAGAAUUAAGCAAGAGAACAUGGAUGACGUUUUAGACAAAUUGAUGAGCCCUCUGUCGAAACAUUCUUCCACCCAGGGUGCGGCAAUCGCGCUGCAGAAUGAAUUUGAGAAUAUGGUGCUGGAAGAUCCGAAACUCCGAGACAAGGCGUAUCGAGCGUACACCUCAUGGAUACGGUUCUACUCUGGAUACCCUCGUGACAUGCGCGAGAUCUUCAACAGGAAAAACGUCCACCUAGGUCAUUUUGCCAAGAGCUUCGCGUUGAGACAAACUCCGCAACGAAUCGGAGGGAUAGAGAAGAAGCUUCGGGAGAAGGAGGUCUCUAAGCCACAGCAUAACAAUAGGCUUCACAAGCCAACGACUGAAAAGCCCGACGGGGAGCCGGCAAAGAAACAACAGCACCAACGUCAAGGUGACGAGCGGAAGCCGGGGUUGCUGAAGAGAGUCAGAAUGCUUAACACCUCCGAAUACGACAGCGGUCUCGAACCUGUGAAGAAGCCAAAGAAAUCCUGAGCUUUGCAUUAUCACCUCCACUGUUAGUUAACACAAUGCGAUUUUCCCCGUGUUCUCGAUUCGUGUACAAAUAUCCUCCCCUUUAUGUACCUUAAACGUAAUUUUGUACAUAGUUGUUCGUGCGAAUUUAAAUAAUUAACGAUUGGUUAUUAUUUAAAAAAAUAAACAUUUGAAAUUA